UGGAGCAUUGUAAUGUGGAGGACGUUUAAAUCACACUGGUCAACAGAGACAAUCAAACUCUCCGAGCUCUGAAAGUGUCUGAAGCUGUGCUCUGUUAAGCUUUCUUUCCUAUUUUUGGUUCUUUUCUUGCUCACCUGCCACAAGCAGGUGGCCAGAUCUGUAAAAUGGCGGAAGCUCAUCAGGCUGUAGCCUUUCAGUUCACCGUCACCCCGGAUGGCAUUGACUUCCAGCUGAGCCGUGAAGUGCUGAAAAACAUCUACGUGUCGGGAGUGACAUCAUGGAGGAAGCGCUUCAUCAGGUUCAAGAAUGGCAUCCUGACCGGAGUGUACCCUGCCAGCCCCUCGAGUUGGCUGAUAGUGGUUAUUGCUAUCAUGAGUACAAUGUACGCAAGAAUAGACCCAUCUGUUGGAAUGAUUGAUGGCAUCAAGAAAACUCUGCCUGUCAGGGAUUAUCUCACAACCCAGACCCAGACUGUUCUAAGUGCCAUGCUGUUUGCGACUGGUCUAUGGCUGACUCUUAUCCUGAUCCUUCGCUACAUCCUCAAAGUGCUGCUGUCAUACCAUGGCUGGAUUUUUGAGCCACAUGGAAAAAUGAGUGUGACCACCAAAAUCUGGGCGAAUCUUGUGAAGCUGUUUUCUGGCCGCAGGCCAUUGCUCUACAGUUUCCAGGCUUCUCUUCCUAGACUCCCGGUCCCCAGCAUUGACGCCACCAUUGCAAGAUACCUUGAGUCUGUACGCCCCCUGCUGGAUGAUGAGCAAUACAAACAGAUGGAAAGCGUGGCCAAUGAAUUCAGAAAAGAUCCAGCUCCAAAACUACAGAAGUACCUCAUCUUAAAAUCCUGGUGGGCAACAAAUUAUGUGAGUGACUGGUGGGAGGAAUACAUUUAUCUUAGGAGCCGAAGUCCCAUUAUGGUCAACAGUAACUAUUAUGUCAUGGAUCUUCUGUAUAUCACCCCCACUCACCGGCAGGCUGCACGGGCUGGAAAUGUAGUGCAUGCCAUGUUGAUGUACCGCCGCAAACUAGACCGUGGAGAGCAUGCUCCUCUAAGAGCAUUAGACAUUGUUCCAAUGUGUUCCUAUCAGAUGGAAAGGAUUUUCAACACUACCAGGAUCCCAGGCGUAGAUACAGAUUAUGUCCAGCAUUUGAAAGAGAGCAAGCACAUGGUGGUGUACCACAAGGGACGUUUCUUCAAGGUGUGGCUGUAUUAUGGGGGCCGUCACCUACAGCCCUCCGAGCUGGAGAUGCAGUUUCAGAAGAUCCUGAAUGACAAAACAGAGCCACAGCCCGGAGAACUGAAAGUGGCUGCUCUCACAGCUGGGGAAAGAAUUCCAUGGGCCACAGCUCGUGCUACUUUCUUCAGUCAGGGAGUAAACAAGACUUCCCUUGAUACAAUUGAGAAAGCAGCCAUUUUCCUGACUUUGGAUGAUGAAGCACAUGGUUAUGACCAGGAGAAACUGAGAUCCCUUGACUUGUAUGCCAAAUCUUUGCUUCAUGGAAAAUGCUAUGACAGGUGGUUUGACAAAUCUUUUACCCUUAUUGCUUACAAGAAUGGGAAACUGGGAGCUAAUGCUGAGCAUUCCUGGGCCGAUGCACCAAUUAUUGGUCACCUAUGGGAGUAUCUUUUGUCAACAGACUGUUUUCACUUGGGUUAUACAGAAGAGGGUCACUGCAAAGGAGAUACAAACAAGAACCUUCCCCCUCCCAGCAUGCUGCAGUGGGAUAUUCCACAGGAGUGCCAGGAUAUUAUUGAGAGCUCCUAUAAUAUUGCAAAGACGAUAGCAGAUGAUGUUGAUUUCCAUGGCUGCAUAUUCGAUGACUUUGGCAAAGGCCUGAUUAAGAAAUGCAGAACGAGUCCUGAUGCCUUCACUCAGAUUGCUCUACAGCUGGCACAUUUUAGGGACAAGGGAGAAUUUUGUUUGACCUAUGAAGCUUCAAUGACCCGGAUGUUCCGGGAAGGCCGAACAGAAACUGUACGUUCCUGCACAAAUGAGUCCACAGCGUUUGUUCGUGCCAUGGAGGAUCCACACAGAACUGGUGAAGAGAAGUUGGCGCUGUUUCGCAGGGCAGCAGAAAAACACCAACUCAUGUAUCGCCUGGCAAUGACUGGGGCAGGCAUUGACCGGCAUCUCUUCUGUCUUUACGUUGUCUCCAAAUACCUUGGAAUUGAUUCCCCCUUUCUCAAACAGGUGCUCUCUGAACCUUGGCGCCUGUCCACCAGCCAGACCCCUCAACAGCAGCAGCAUUUGGUGGAUAUACAGAAGUUCCCAAACCACAUCAGUGCUGGAGGGGGAUUUGGACCGGUAGCUGACGAUGGAUACGGAGUCUCUUACAAUUUCGUUGGGGAAAAUCUCAUUACUUUCCACAUUUCCAGCAAGUUCUCUAGCCCAGAAACAGACUCUUAUCGAUUUGGGCAGAACAUUCGUCAAGCAAUGCUGGACAUAAAAGCUUUAUUUCACCUUAAGGACAAGAAGAUGUGAUAUUUUGAAUGAGUUGUCUUUUUUUUUACUUCCAAAUUGUGUUCAUUUCACUGUUAUAUAAAUGUUUGGAAAUCAUAACAUCCAUUAAAAUGUAUUAAAGGAAUCUAAAUUUAA